CGCACCUCCUCUCCUUCCCAGAACCAUUCCGCCCAAUUCUUUCUCCGAACCCUAGAUCUCUCUGGCCGUUCAAACCGUUCCAGAAUCUGGCCUCUCUGGCCGUCAAUUUCAUCAACAGCGCGCCGAGAUCCAGAGACUCCGCUCGGAGGGAUGAUGAGGAAGAAAUCCGAGUCCGGAGGAACAAUCCGCGGCAGAGCAGGGCGCGUUUGCGGCGGCGCUGGCGAGCGACAAAGCCGCGAUGGUGCUGGAAUUCUACUCCCGCAAGUGCCAACUCUGCAACUCCCUGUCCAAAUUCGUGGCCGAAGUCCAGAAACGGAACGCCGAUUGGCUCAACAUCGCGUUCGCCGACGCCGAGGACGACCGGUGGUUGCCUGAGCUUCAGCAUUAUGACAUAAAGUAUGUUCCAUGCUUUGUGGUGGUGGACAAGGAAGGGAGGGCGCUGGCAAAAACAGGGGUUCCGUACAGCAGACUCCAUGUCGUUGCAGGUGUUUCUUAUCUCCUUAGUAAGGGCAUUCUAUUCAUUUUAUAGGCUUAGUCAACACUCACUAAAAAUUACCAAAAGUCAAACUGGGAACAUAUAAACCGGACGGAGGGAGUAUUUAUGUAAUUAAAUGUCUACUUUUUAA